CUGUGAGCAAAUAUCAAACUGGCUAAAGGAAGUGGCUGACAAACUUGGCUCAGAAACAGAUCUGAAACCAGAUUUGGUUGAAAAGGAGACACAACUACAGAACUAUAAGUCUGUGGUUCAGGAUAUUGUUUCCCAUCAACCCAUCAUAUUGAAAUUGGAAGAAAAAGCAAAGACUUUACCUGAAAUGUCAGCUCUGCAAAACAUCAGUGAUUUGCAGACUAAAUAUGAUGAAUUACUAAAGUCUGGUCAGUCUCAUACAGAAGCCUGCCAAAUAUAUGUUGAUGGACAUUUAGCAUAUAACCAGAAGUUAGAAAAAUUCCAAGAUUGGUUAAAGACUAUUAAAGCAACUGUAGAUCAGCCUGGUGAACAUGGAGGAGUGGAGAUAUUAAAAUCCAAGCUUGAAGCCAUUUCGGGUGUUUUAGCUGAACAGAAUAUUGGAAGUCAAAAGCUAAAUGAACUCGGGGAGACCAAAGAAAAGAUUCUUUGUCAGACCCAUUCAUCUGGCCAUGAAAAUAUCAAUAAAGAAUUAAAUAGCCUCCAUGAUCAAUGGCAAAAUUUCCUUAGCCGUUGUGAAGCUGUCCGAGAGAAUGUUUCUAGUAGAGUAGAUAAAUGGAACCAGAGCAAUGACACAUUGUUACAGCUGGAAGAAUGGCAGGCCGCCAAGGAGAGUCAGCUCCGUGACCAACCGCUAAGAAAUAGCACUGAAACAAAGAUGCAGCAGCUUAACAGAAUCAAGGACUUGGAAGCAGAAAUCAUAUCAAAAGAAGAGGAGUUCACUUUAGCUACAUCACAAGUUCAACAGAUUUCAGGAGAAACAACUUUAGGUCCUCGAUUAGCUAAAGUAAAUAGCCGUUAUCAGAUGCUGAAGAACCUAGUUAAGGAGGCAACUGGCAAGUGGGAACAGUUUGUUCAAGAACACCAGGGUUUUGAUAAAAAGUUGGAAGACCUCCAAGCAUCACUUGAUGAACCAGAAACUGAAAUGACUAAGCUUACCCUAUUAACUGGUGAUAUAACAAUGCUUCAAACAAGAAAAACAGAACUUGAAGCCUUGAUUGAACAACUGUCUCAGCACUCUAGCCAGAUUGAGAAUAUUUCUGAGGCAGGUGAAAGACUGUAUCCACAUACAUCUCCAGAUGGGAGAGAAGAGAUAAGACAACAAAUAAGGUCAGUACGAGAUAAGUGGGAUUCACUGAAUGAACAAGCUUCACUGGCUCUAAGGAAGCUAGACUCGUGCCAGCAGCAGAUAAAGUCCUUUCAUCAAGGACAAGAGCAACUAAUUCGGUGGCUUCAAGAUGUAGAAUUGGCUAUAGAGCAGCACACAGAAGCCAAAGGAACACUCCAGGAGAAACGUGCACAGCUUCAGAAUCACAAGGUAGUUUACCAGGAUAUUGUUUCACAUAAGGCAGCUGUUGACACAGUCUGUGACAAAUCUGAACAACUGACAUCAUUGACGCAGGAUGACAGCUUACAUGGCCAAGUACAAAACCUGAAGGACAAGUACCAAACAAUGUCUACAAAGUCACAGGAUCUCCUGACAUGGCUAGACAAGUGUGUUUCUGAACAUCAGCAGUACCUUGAUUUGUGUAAGGCAUUCCAAGAUUUUCUCUUGGGUCACCAGCAGAAGUUACAAGAAUGCCGUGAUACAGCAGGGGAGAAACGAACUAUUCAGAGUCGACUCACCACCCUCAGGGAACUGAGAACACAGGAAAAGGAAGGAGAUAGCAAAAUGCAGUCUCUUUGUGACCAGUGCCAUGAGGUAUGUAUGCAUACUUCUGAGUAUGGUGCAGAUGUUCUGCGAAGAGAAGUGCAAGAAAUGCGGGAUUCAUGGAGCCAACACACAACAUCGACUUUGGAGGCUGAGCACAAUUUGGAGAAUGUGUUACAGCAGUGGAUGGGUUAUGAGGAAAAUUUGCAGUUCAUGUUAGCAUGGUUGAAGGAGUUAGAGUCAGCCGUUAAACAUCCUCAACUUCAAUCGUCUGUUGAAGAAAAAGAAGAGCAGCUCAAAACUGUCCAGGAGUUGAGAGACAAAGUACUGAAUCACCAGAAAACUGUGGACAGUCUUACUGAUGAGGGUCAUGCUUUACUUCAAGUUUCUGGAGUAGAGCACAUUCGUGGCCAGAUAUCUCAGUGUAGUUUCCGAUACCAGUCACUUCUCAGUAACGUGAAGGCUUUAAUUAUUCGGUGGGAAAAUAUGGUUGAAGACCAUAAGAAUUACAAAAAAAUGACAUCCGAGUUUGAAGCUUGGUUAACAGGAGCAGAGAAUGUUGUAUCUGAGUUGAAGAAAGAGGGUAAAAUUGAAAACAAGAUGGAUAAACUACAAGUUCUAAUGAAUGAUAAGUCUAAAGGGCAGCAACUUCUAAAUCAAGUUGUGCAAGCAGGAGAAAGACUUUAUCAAGACACAUCAGCCAAUGGAAGGGAUGCAGUAAGACAAGAGUUACGUAAGCUGCAUGAUUGUUGGGAUCAGUUGGACGUUGAACUAACAGAACAGCAAAGACUGUUGCAAAAUCGCAGUCAGCAGUGGCAUGUCUUCAUGGAUAAUUUAAAACAAAUUGUGAACUGGUUAAAUGCAACUGAAAAGUCUGUUGAAUUAGAUAAGAACAACCACCCUGGGGUGCAAGACAUACCAACUCGUUUACAGAAAUACAAGCUUCUUCAACAGGAUAUUGUGAUACACAAAAGACAGUUAGAUUCCUUGCAGGAGAAACUACAGAGUAGCACCACAUCUUUAGAUGACCUCGAAGUGAAACGGGCUCUCUCUGAGGCAACAGAACGGAUAGAAGCCCUUUGUGAAGCUGUUAAAGUGGAAUUACUGAGAGUAGAAAAUCUGGGAUUGCUUGCACAAAAGUAUAGGGAUCUUCGAGAGCACUACAGUCAGUGGUAUCAACAAACACUAGACAAGCUGCUUUUGUGUAAGGACUACACUGGAAAUAGAGCAACAAUCCAAGCAAGGUUGGAAAAACUACAGAAUAUUGAAAAGCAGCUACCAGAGGGAACAGGAAACGUAAACAGUCUCGGAGAAUAUACCAAAGAGCUAAGAGAGCUAGUGUGUCCAAAGGACCGGGACACUAUGGAACAAGAGCAUAUGGUUCUUGUUAGUAACCAGCAGCGACUAACUACUGAGACAGAUGAAGCCAGUCAUCAGCUUCAGGAUCGACUUCAGCAGUGGACCACUUAUGAAGAUCAGUUUAGUUAUCUCUUGGAAAGACUAGAACUGCUGGAAGCACAGGUUCAAGAUUUUUCACUCAAAACCACUUUAGAAGAAAAGAAAGAACAGUUAUCAAGAUAUCAGGCCUUGAUCGAUGAUAUAGAGGCUGAGCAAAGAACUUGGCCCUCCCUUAGCAGUCUUGCUGUCAUCCUGGACCAAGCUCUACUUUCUGAGAUGAAAGAUAAGGAACGGGAAGUCGACUCUUUGAGUGACAGUACCCAGGAACUGAUAGAAGCUAGUGGUGAGAUGAGGCUAUCAAUGGGAGUUUCACAAAUUACAUCCCGCUACCAAUCACUGCUAUUAACCUGCAAGGAACUUGUGCGGAAGUGUGAACAGCAUGUAGAAGAUCACAUCAGUUUUCAAGAGAAACAUGAUGAGUGUUCUAAGUGGAUUAUGGAAGCACAAGACAAGUAUGCUGAGGUUACUGCUUUACCCAGUGGAAACCGAGCAGCUUUACAAGUCAAGUAUGGUAAAAACAAGGAGUUGAUUCAAAUGAAGAACACAGGGCUUAAUCUAGUCAAUAGCACAGUACAGCUUGGAGAACAGCUACAAGUAGGAACAUCACCAGAAGGGUGGGAAACCACGCAAACCAUGUUACAGAACCUGCAGACGGUGUUUGACACAAUUUUUGAUGGUUCUAUUAAACUUGACCGUUCACUUCAAUCUACUAUGUUUUUGUGGUCUGAAUAUGAAGACGAAGUGCAGGCUCUACAACAGUGGAUAAGAAACACUUCACAACAGCUAGAGGGCACUCUGAAGCUUGUGACAAGCUUGAGUGAAAAGAAAAGACAACUGCAAACAUAUAGAGGCCUACAACUGGAUAUUAACAGCCAUCAACAGAGUGUUGAAGAUCUUCAAAUUAAGGCUGAAGCGCUACCUGACCGAGAUGAGGGUGUGGAUGAGAUUUUGAAUUCCAUUAUCACUUCUCACUCUCAGCUUAAGGAAAAGGCUCAGAUUUGCACCAGUAAAUAUGAAGAUAUUGUAGCUAAACAUGAACAACUGAGCAAGAUGAUUGGAGAAGUUGAAACAUGGCUGCAAAACACUCAGUCUUUAAUAAGUUCUUGUGGGGAAACCUCAUUAGACAGAAUCUCUCUGCAGAGCUCUCUGGACCGCUUAAAGGGUAUUCAGGCUGCUUUUGAAGAAGAAGAACCAAAGCUAAAAGCUGCUGAGGAACAACUUGAUCUAGUUUUGGUUGACACUCUAGAAUCGGGCUCUGGAGAGUUAGACUCAUUGAAGGAACAGUGGAAAACAACCCAAGACAUGUGUAAAACAACUACAGAAUUUUUGCUCGGCCUCCUGGGGCAGUGGAAGGACUAUGAAGAACGACUUGAUGAAGUUCAAUCAUGGAUACGUGAUACUGAAUCAUCUCUUAGCACCAUACCGUUGUGUGUAACAUUGUCUGAAAAAAGAGAACAACUCGAAAAGCUCAAGGGCAAGCAAGGGGAGAUUAGGGCAAAGGAGUUAGAGGUAGAUGCUCUCACAGACAAGAUACAACAGCUACAUAAAGGAUCCAGUGCAAGACGUGUUAGUCAACUCAGUGAGCUUGGUAUUCGUUACCAGCAACUCAUCUCUCUCGUUAAGAAUCUAGUGAGUAAAUGGACACAGUACGUCAGUAACCAUCAGAGGUUUGAGAAUGAGCUUGCAGACUGCCAGUCUCGUGUCACUGAAGCUCAGAGUCGUCUCCAACUGUGUGAAGGUACAGAGGGAACUGUGGAUGAAUUAGAAACUAAGCUAGCAAUGUUACAGGAAUUAAUCAAUAAUAAAGAGGAGUUGGUUGGCAAAAUCCAAUCAGUUGCAGAGCUGGCUCAAAUUGUCCUGACCGAAACACUUCCUGUUGGACAUCAGCCAAUCAAUGAUGUCAUUCAAACACUUCAAGAGAACAGAAGUAAUCUUCUGACAAAGUUGAUGGCUACCAAGUCUACCCUGGAAGAUGCUCUGUACUUGUGGUCAAGUUUCCUAGUAAUGAUUAAACAAGCAUCAAAAGUGGUCAGUCAGAUGGAAAACACCCUGAUGGAGGGACAGCAGCUUCAAGCAACACUUUCAGAGAAGAAGGCCCAGCUGGAUAAAAUAAAGAUCCCAGCCUUGGUACUUGGAUUUACAAAUCCUAGCCUUGACAUUGGAUUUACAGAUCCCAGCCUUGGUACUUGGAUUUACAGAUCAUCCCAGUCUUGUCAUUGGAUUUACAGAUCCCAGCCUUGGCACUUGGAUUUACAGAUCCCAGCCUUGGUACUUGGAUUUACAGAUCCCAGCCUUGGCACUUGGAUUUACAGAUCCCAGCCACUAAGUGACCCUGAUCAAGGGAAGUAUCUUAUGAUGUGGCAUAAAAUUAUUGAAAAACUGCAUAUUUUUGUAGCAAAACACCCAAAAAGCUUCAUUUCCCUCUCUAUGCCAAUCAUUGAGGCUCAAGUCUUACAGAAUGACCAGAACUAUAAGGACCAUUCAGCAUUCAAAAAUAGCUGUGAUGAUCUAGUAUCUUGGAUGAAGAGGUUGCGAGAGAAGAUUCCCCCUAUGACUCGUUCUGUCAGUGAUCGUCUCAGCCUUGAGACAAGUGUUUCAACAUUAGAGGAAUUAUUAACCAAGAAAGCUCAAGGUAAGUUAAAGGUGGACAAUAUGGAUCAUUGUGGAGAAGUGGCUAAAGUGGCUAGUUCUGAAGCUGGUCAGAAUCUGAUUUCAACAGAAAUAACUGCUCUUAAAGAUGACUUUGACAGCCUGUUUUCUGAAAUUGAACAAAUGAAGGAGAAACUAGAGAGUAUCUGUGUGCAACUUCGUGAGUUCAAAGAUGAGUAUGAAAAAGUAAGUGAAUGGUUGCAGCUAAUGGAAGCAGACAUCAAAACCCAGAAAGUUACUUUGAAAUCAAGCCUGGAAGAGAAGGAAGGCAUGGUUAAAUAUUCUAAGGGUUUGUUGGAGGAAUUGGAGAAAGGAAAGGAAUCAGUUGAUAAAUUAACUCUCUCAGCUCAGGGGCUCUUAACCUCACAUCUUGAUACAUACAUCCGUAACCAACUGAGCAUCCUCAACUCUCGCUACCAAGUCAUUUUCAACUUAUGCAAGGAUGUCCAUAGUAAAGUGGAACAACAGUUGGAUCAACACAAGCACUACAAAGAUAAAGUAGAUGAGAGUAGACUUUGGAUAAAGAAGAUGACAGCGCUGUUGGAAGAAUGUGGAAUACCCACUGGAAGCAGGGAAGCAGUGGAGAUUCAGCUGGCUAAAAUUAAGGAAGUUACUAGAAAACAAGAAGAAGGUCAAGCUCUUGUCCACGGUGCUUUAAGUGCUGGAGAAAAAACAAUUCACACAACACAUCCUACAGGAAAAAAUGCCAUCACACUUGAAAUGCAUGAUCUUCAGUCUGCUUGGGAUUGUCUAGUGUUGAAAGUGUCUGAAGCUAAGGUGUCCCUGGAGUCUGCUCUACUCCAAUGGGCUGACUACAGCUCUGCAGAGGCUAGACUUUCUCAGUGGAUCAGUGAUCACGACCAGAAGUUACAACAGGUGAAAACUAUGAAGGUUGGAACGAGUGGCAGAGAUAGUGUUUCUCAAAGAAGAGCUAGGCUAAGAAAGGCUAACAGUCUUGUGCAAGACAUUGAGUCCUUUGAACCAAUGAUAGAGUCAGUCAAUGCAAAGGCUGAAGAAUUGCAACAACAGAGUGGGGCAGGUGAAAUUGCAGACAAGUACCAUUCGUUGGUCCAGCAAGCAAGGGAAUACAUGGGUGAACAGAAAACACAGAUGGAUAUCUAUCAGCAGUUUGUUGAUGCUUGUUCUGAAUUUGGACGUUGGCUAAAUACUGCUAAAGAAAAGCUCAGUAAGUGUGCUCAACCAUCUGGUGACAAGGAGGUAUUGAAAGGAAAAACUAGUAAAAUCAAGGUGCUGCAAGCUGAGCAGGAUGAAGGAUUACAGAAACUAAAUCAUGCUUUAGAAUUAAGUGAACAAACUAAGCAACAACUUGAAGAGCAAGCUGAGAAAGAUGUAAUUGACAUGGAUGUAAAGAGAAUUGAAGAAGAGUACAAGCAAUUCAAAGCCAAUGUGGAUGAGAUGAAGUCAUCCAUUGAUGUUGGUAUGGUUAAGUGGAAUGAAUAUGAAGAACAGUUUAAGAAGUGUUCUAAGUGGGUAGAAGAAACAGAGCCACUUCUGCAGUCAUUCCUGACACUUCAAGCAGACCUAAUCAAGAAAAGAGCUCGCUUAGAGGAGUUUCAGGGACAUCUUCAGACCAUCUUUGAUUGGCAGGCUGAAUUUGACAAACUAAAUGUAAGAGCACAGCUCCUCCUGGAAACAUAUUCUGAUUCCAGUAUUUCUAAUGCCUUUACCCAGUUGUCCUCCAAGUAUAGUAACCUUCUCUCUCUGUCUAAGGAAGUGAUGCACAAGCUUGAACAGCACUUCCAGGAACACCAGCAGCAACAGUGCAUGCUAACAGAAUGUGUUGAGUUUAUUGAUGUUGCUCGAGAGAGACUUAAAGAUUGCUGCCGAACAUCUCACAGUGUUGAUGAACUUAAUGCUAAACUAAAUAGCCUGAAGUCUCUAGCAUCCAACAUGGAACAAGGUCAGAACAAAGUAAGAUAUGUCCUAGAACUCACAGAAAAGGUCAUAGUAAACACUGACUCUUCUGGAAUUAGCUCCAUUCAAGAAGAUGCUGAAAACCUGAAAACUGAUUUUGACAAACUUGUGAAGGAUAUCUCUGAUGCUCGCGUACACCUAGCUAGUCGGAUGGCAGAGUUAGAUGAAUUCACCAAAAUUCUGAAACAGUUCCAGGAGUAUCUGGAAGAAACUGAGAACACAGUUAAUGCUGACUCAAGGCAUGAGCUGGUAUCUGUCACAGAGAAAAAAUAUCUUCUUGAUAAUUAUCGUGCCAUUCUCAAGGACAUGGAUAUUCGCAGAGAAACAAUAGAUCGGCUUAAUCAAGGCAUGGAACAAAACCCCCAGGUUGCUGAUGUGGCAAAGAACAGUAUUGAAAAGUUUCAGAAUCUGAUGGAGACUCUUCAAAAGGCUGUUUCUGUAUUAACAGUAGAAAUUAAAGAUUUGGAGGCAUACAGUAGCACCAAACAGGAGACUGAAAAAUGGUUGAAGGAGGUAAAAUUGAAGGCUCAGAAAUGUGGAGAAUGUGUAGGAGAUCAUUCAACUAUACAACAGCAACAGGAAGAGUUAUUAAAGGUAAAAGAAAGCCUUCCAAAUGGUGAGGAAUUAGUUGAAAAAGUUAGUAGUCUUGGGAAUAAUGUGAAAGAGAAGUUAGAACUUGCUGGGCAGGAACGAAUUGAACAGGAAAUAGAACAAAUCACUAUAGAAUGGGAAUGUCUGCAGGCUCUUGUUGGAGAAGUAGAGCAAAACAUCACCAAAUGUCUCCAGUACUGGGGAGAGUUUCAAGCAGUUUAUUGCCACUCUGCUGAGUGGUUGUCACGCUUUCAAAAUAUGACUAAAUCUGUGCUGGCAGUACCACCAGGCUCAGGAAAGGAACAAGAACAACUAAAUGAGUUGAAAGCACUUCAUGAAGAAGCAUGUUUCCACAAGCCUGAUAUUGAAGAGGUAAACCAGAAAUGUGAAGCGCUACUGGAUGUAACAUCUUACCCAACCAUUCGUGAAAAAGCUGUUUCACUAUCAACAUCUUAUUCAUCCCUCUUAACUAGCAUUACUGACACAAUACCAAAGCUGGAAAAAGCUCUCAGUUAUCAAAGUGAAUUUUCAAAUCUCAAAGAGAAAUACCUACGUUGGAUUCAGGAGAGCCGUGCGACUUUGCAGAAAAACAAAGAUCCAACUCAAGACCAAGACUGUCUUCAAGAACGUAUUCAAAGUCUCAAGAACCUUGCAACAUCACUACCUGAAGGGCAACAUUUGUUGGCCACUACUUGUGAGGCUGGUACUCGCAUCUUAGGAUCACUGCCAGACACAGCUCAGUCAGCCUUGAGAGCUGACAUUGAUUCUUAUCGUGACCAACUGGCAACUUUGAGUCAACAGCUAAGUGAAGCCACUGCUCUUCUUUCAUCAGUACUAGCCAGGCUACAAGAGUUUAAUCAGAACAGUGCUAACUUCAGACAAUGGCUAGAAGACUUAGAGGGAAAACUCAGUAGCCCACCUAAGACAAAAGGAGAAAUUGUGGAAAUCAGAACACUUUUUGAACAAUAUAAGCAUCUGAGGUUGGAAAUAGAACAACAGCAACCUCAAUUAUCAGAACUUCAGGCUGAAGCUCAAGAGUUAGCAGAGAAAACAGACGAUCCACAAGCUGUUGAUCUCCUGACAGAGAUGACAGAUCGACUGACAGCAUCAUUGAAUAGGUGUCUGGAAAUCCUCAGUCAGUUAGAGAGUGAGCUUCAAACCCUUCAGGACUAUCAACACGCUCUCCAAGAAACAGAAAAAUGGUUACUUCAGAUGUCUUUCAAUCUAAUGUCGCAUCAUUCCUUACAAAUUAGCAGUCUUCCUCAGACUCAAGACCACCUUGAGAAGCAUAAGAGAGUUUUGGAAGAAAUUGAGAGAUACCAAACUGUGAUUGAUAAGGUUAAGGCAAAAGGAGGGGUAAUUAUAGAAACAUACAAGGAAAGAACCAUAGAAAACCAGAUAAAUAAACAAUUAGCAAACAUACAAGAAAGCUAUGACUCUCUACUAGCUAGUGCUGAACAAAUAGAGGCACGUCUGGAUCAGGCUUUUCAGAAGUUUCGUACAUAUGAGGAAACACUUAAUCAAUGUGAUAAGCUUCUGGCUGAAUUAGAACCUGAACUUGCUCAAGAAAAUGAAACAACUCCUCAGACUCUGGAGGUUGCUAGAGAAAAUCUAGAUAAUUCCAAGACGGCACUGAGUCAGCUUGUGAUGGCCAGACAACAGCUACAAACUGCUAUUCAAGGCUGUGUCGAAGCCACUACCUCUCUGAGUCGUCCGUCCAGUCCUGAGGAUGCUAUUGUUUCACCCUUGCCAGAGAGAGAGACUCAAAUCAAGAUUCGUCUACAGGAUUUCAUUGAACAGGCUGAAUCACGCAUAGUGGCUAUCAACAACAUUGUCCAUGAAUGGGAGGCUGUGACACAGUUAAAGGAAACAGUAGAGCACUGGGUUGCUGACCAGAAGGUGACAGUCUCCACCCUAGAGUCUGGACUUGUGGUUAUGGAACCAGAGGUGCUUCAGCAUCAACUGAAUGAUUUAGAGAACAUGAAACAAGAGUUGGAGGAGAAACUUUCAGCUGUUCAAAAAAUUGAACAGAAAGAACAGAGCACUCUACCAAACACUGCUCAUACAGUCCUGAAGGAAAAGCUAAAAUGUUUGGAAGACCAGGUUGCUCAACUGAUGAUGAAGACAGAUGCUAGAAAAGCUGCUAUCAAACAGUUCAAAGAUCUCAUUGAAGAAGUUGAGGGUCGACUUGAGUUCAUAAGCACUUCUCUAGAGUCUGCUGAAAAGCCAGAAUCAGGGGACUCAUUACAGCGACAAGAACUUCUUAAGCAACUUACAGAGGAAAUAGAGAGAGCUAAAGGACAAAUGGCAGAAUUAAAUACAAGUUUAUCAGAAAUCUGCAACUUUCUUGAGGAGGAAGAAAGAAUCAAGCAAAAGGAACAUUUAAAAACCCUUGAAAAGAAAGCCAAUGAUUUGCAUAAGAGAGUGUUACGGCGUUUGGAGAGUUUGGACCUAUUACGGGCAAAUUAUGGUAGUGUCCUAGAAGAACUAUCAAAAUUGCAAGAAUGGGUUGAAGAGAAACUGGAAAAGUUACAUCAUUUAUCACCUCCAGGCUUUCAUACAGAAUCCUUAGAGAAAAAGCUCCAGGAGGCUCAUUCUCUCCGGAGAGAAACCGUCAACAAAGAAGUUGUGAUUGAAACAUCUGAAAAAAGAGUCGAGACUUUAAUUCCUGAACUGGACAACAGAGAUGCUGAAAAUGUUAAGAAAAUACUAAAAGAGCUGAAGCAAAAGUUUUCAGAGUUGAACAGUGCUGUGCAGUCUCACAUUGACAAGUUAAAUGAUGUUAUUGUGAAAAGCCAAGAGCUAGAGCUGGUGAUUGAACAAGCUAAACAGUGGUUAAGAGAAAAGGAACAAGAACUGAGUCACAUAGAGGUAGCCGGUGGAAGAUCAUCUGAGACUGAUAAAACUAUAGAUCUGAUAAAGAAAACUCAAGUAGAGCUGCAAAGUUUUGAAGAAACAGAAGUGAGAAAAGUAGUUCGGCAUAAAGAACAGCUGCAUGAAGCAUGCUCCGAAGAUGAUCAGGCAGAUCUACAGAGUUUAGUUGAUGAAAUCACAAUGAAGCUGGAGGAACUGAAACGAAUCCUUGAAGAGAAGAUUAAUUUUGCCAAAGAAUUGUUUGCUGAGCUGCAGCAGUAUGAACGUCUGCGAGAAAAUAUUAACCAUUGGUUGAAUCUGACAGAGUCUAGUCUUGCCAGUGAUGUCCGAACAGAUGUAGCAGAAGAUGGUUUAGAGGAACAGAUUACCACCCAUACCAAACUGGAAGAAGAGUCUCGUGUUCUUGUAGAUGACUUGCAUAACCUACAGAAGGCUGCUGAAAGUAUAAUAGGCAAAGUUAAAGAAGCAGAAAAACUUUUUAUUGAAGGUGAACUUCAAAGAUUGGAAGAACAUCGCAAAAGGUUAGAAGAACUCAUCAAAGAGCGUCUAGAAGCACUGCAAGAUGCUCUUCAAGUUCAUCAUGAACAAGUGACUCAUGUUGAAGAAACAACAGAAAUGUUGGAAGAGCUCCAAACGAAACUGUGUACUCUCAAUCAACCAAUGGGUGUCUCUGUAGAGGAUUCACGUGUCUUGCUUGAAACCUGUGAGGAGGUUUUGAAGAAACUUCAAGAAGUUGAAGAAAAAAUAGAUCAGCUAAAACCUCAUACUCAACUCACUGAAGAAUUACAGAAAUUGUUAAGCCAGUAUCAAGAUGCAGUCAGGGCUGCAGAAAACCAGCAUGCGAGAAUCAAGCAGUCUGUUGCACAAAGGGAACAGUAUCAUUCAAGCGUAAGAGAGAUAACAGACAUCAUUAGCCAAUGUACCAAGACUAUUACGGUAGUAGAAGAAACCCAGGCUGAUUCUACAGAUAAGCUAAGAAAGUAUCAGAAUCUCCUGGACCAGAUCGUAGAAUGUGAAGCCAAGCUCACAGCCACUCAAGAUAAAGGGGAAAAGAUUGGAAGUGAAGGCUCUGUUUCUGAUCGCAAUUCCAUUAUGGAUGAGCUUCAGAAAUUGAAAGCUCAGCUAAAUAACUUGCGAAAGACAGUUCAGAAGAUGAAAUCUGACCAUGAGAAUAUGAUGGCUGAACAAAAGAAGCUUGUGGAUGAUCUAGAAGACAUACUCGAGCAGCUGAGAAAGGAUGAUGUAGCAGUGAAAACACGUCCUCUUCUAGCUCUUCAUCUACCUGCUGUGGAGGAGGAAAUAACAAGACAUGGGGAACUAUCAGAUGAUGUACACCUUCAUCUGAAGUCAGCUGAACAAUUGAAAACAAGUAUAGUGGAGGAACUCACAUCAGAUACGAUGCCAGAAUUCUUACAAGAAAACAUAAGCGAAGUGAGUCUGCUUCAGAACACUCUACCGAGAGAACUCCAAGAAAGAGAAUCGUGGUUGAAAUCUGCUUUAAACCAACUUAAAGAGUUUCAUGAAGCCAAAGAUAAACUUUGUUGUUGGCUUCACAGUGGAGAUAAACUUCUCCAGUCUGCAGAAAAUGGAGUUGAUUUUGAAAAUAUAAAGAAAAAGCUGGAAGAAGUGAAGAAAUUCUUUUCUGAAAUUAGUCAUUGGGAAAUUCAAAAGGACACAUUAAAUUCCCUUUCUUUAAAAAUUCAACCAUUUUUAAAGAAGGACCAAGUAGAACAUAUGACUCAAGAUCUUAGAUCUGUUAGUCAGCAGUUAGAUGACCUACAGACAAGAGCAGACAAAGCUAUAGAUGCUCUUGAGAAAGAUGCUCAGGACUGGCUAGAGUACAACCAACUUCUAGACAAGGUGAACAGUCUACUUACUUCUCUUCAGAUUGUUGAUGAGAAACCUGUUACCAUGGCUGCAAUAAGAACGAGCUUACAAAGCAUCAGCAGCCUGUUGAGUAAUCUACAGAGUAACCAAGAGCUGAUUAGUGAUGUUAAUGUGAAGGCUAGAGGUCUAGAUCAUCGUGCCUCACCAUCCAGUCGCAAACUAAUUGAUAAACAGGUUGCUGGUAUAAACCAGAAAUGGCAAAACAUCCUCUGUCAGCUAGAGGGUCAGUUGUCCACUCUUACUGAUGUUCUCAACCAGUGGGAGAUUUAUGCUGAGGUCUAUUACCGAGCGGAAACGGCUGUUCUGAAGCUUGAGCACAACUUGAAUGCUAUUGAAGUUGUUCCAGAGGCUGAAGAUACUGCACAG